AUGCACGUCGCCCAUCUCCACACCAAGCCGCUGCUGCUGCUGCGCGUCGCGAUGGCGCUGGCCUUCAUCGCCUGCCUCUGGCGCAACUCGGUGCGCUCAGGCGCCAUGCGCGAGGUCGUCGCCGCCCACCGAUCGCUGCUCACGCCGGCCAAGACCGCGUUCGCGAUCUGGGGCCUCAUCUACCUCACGCUCUUCCUCUUUGUGAGCCGCGAGUGCAUCUUCCCGUCGCUUUCGCUCACGCCACGCCCACGCGAAGCGCAUCUACAGCCUUUUCAUCGCAUCGUGUUUGCGAGCGGAGCGAUUGUGUGGUCGCUGCCUGUCAUCCUCGUGUUGUGGGCGAUCACUGGCGCGCUCUACCUCACGACGGCGUCUCUUGUGCAGCUGCCGACGCUCUUUGAUGGCCUGGUGAUCUGGCCUCGUCGGACGCCCUACGAGUGCUCGUCGCUCUCGGACUACCUCUGCCUCCGCCUCCCGUUCACGCUCUACUUCAGCUGGACGUGCGGUGCGACGCUCAUCAACGUGACGGUGUCCCUCCGCGGCCUCGGCUACGACCUCAACCUCGCCGUGUACAUGGUGUGCCUGGCCGUGCUCUUGGCGGCACACGUCGCCGCCCUGGCCUUCAAUGGCGAUAUCGUCUUUGGUGCUGUGGGUAUCUGGACGUUGGCGUGGCUGGCCGCCAAGCACGAGACAGGCCUCUCGCCGGUCGACGCCGACUACCUUGAGGUCAUCCAGCUUGUUGCGCAAAUUGGCACCUGGUUUCUCGUGGCCCUGAUCGCGGGCCUUGUUCUUCUGCGCUGCUACGUCCGACGCUACGGCGCGCCAGAGCACGAGCACAUGGAUGCGAGCGGUGGCAAAAACGCCAACAUUAGCAUGUAUGGCACCCUAUAA